AUUCUAGUUGUGAAAUUUUACAUUUCUAUUCUUUUUCCUUACAAUACCUUCAGAAUGAACUCGGACUUCGACGACACGAGGCUCUUUAAUUACACGGAGGCAGAACUUAUCAGCCACAUCACUUCUCUUCCCAGCUUACCUGAUUUUUCUAAUAUUAUACCACUAUCUUCUAAGUAUUUAGCUAAGGGCUAUGCAAAGGAUGAGCUUGAAGAUGCUACAGAAUCUAUGAAAUUCGCAUCUCAGCUUGGUAUCCGUGUCCCGCACAUUCAACGAAUUAUCCAGGUCGAUGAUGGCUUUUAUUGCAUUAUGGAUCGGAUUCCUGGAACAACACUUGAUAUGGCGUGGCCAGAGCUUGGUUGGGUAGCAAGCCUGCGGCUUGCCUUCCAACUUCGUCGCGUCAUCCGCCGCUUGAGGUCGGCUGCUUCAACCUCAUCUGGGUCACUAGCAACUAGCAAAUGCAGGUCAUAUUGUCUCGAGGAUUCUUUCGGCUUGCCACCUAGAGCAACCUUUCACCAGGUCAAUGCUUUCUUGAAUUUCUGGGCCAAUUUUGUCUCGCUCCGCCAGGAGAUCAAGAAGACGCCGGCAGAGCAUGCGAUCUGCCCAAGGCCGGUGUUUUCAUAUAGUUGCCCAUUCGUCUUUACCCAUCAUGGUCUGGCGCCUCGCAAUAUCAUACUCGACCGCGAAGGGCAACUAUGGAUUAUUGAUUGGGAUUGUGCGGGAUUUUAUCCCAAGUUCUUCGAGUACGCCGGCAUGUAUAACUUCAUUCCUAAGGCGUGGACCAAGUUCGCGUUGUGGCGAUGGAACCUGUUCGCCUGGAUUGCAGGCGGGUUUUACGAUAAAGAAUCACAGUGGUUGGGAACGAUAAGAUAUAUAUUUACGCGCUUCCGCCCAGCACGUCGGUUCAACAUGAAAGCAGGAGGGUAUGCUGCUGCUGCGGGUAGGAUCGAUAAUGACUCUUAAGAAGCAGAGCUAUGUGGGAGAGAGAUUUCGGGUUGGGUUUAUAGUAAAUGUUCGACUUUGUCAUUUUUUUUUUCGAAACCGCCCGUAUAUAGAAUUUUUCCUAUAUUUUUUUUUUACGAUUUCAAAUACUUUUAAAAUUUCCUUUUUCGGUAAUUAGACCUAUUUAUUUUUGUUCUUGUAUUCUAC